UUCGAUCACCGAGCCUAAAAACCUGUCCACAAAAGACAGACUGUUUAGCUGAUGUAGUCCUCUAAGGUGUAGUGGGUCAGUUCCCAGAAGUGACUGAUUCUGGAUCAGCGUGGUCAAAAGUGUACUUAUGUAAGAAGAUUGGCUUGAACUCUACUUUAAAACUACCUACAGUCAUCCUGCACGGCUUGGAAUGCACUUAAAACUACACAGCAUGCCUUUAUAUGUGUGGCAGAGCAAUUGUAGACUGUGUGGAGGUGUAUUUGUGGUAGGAAAAGCCUCGGUAGUCGCGUGAAACCCCUUCUACUGUGACUUUUUGCAGGCAGCCCGAAGUCUCGUUAAGGUACACGCCCCCCAAUGCACAACACAUCGAGAGCAGCUGGAAAAAAACUCGACACAGCCAGAAAUUUCCAUGUGGUUGAAGGCAAACAGCAGACUUAUAUUUUCACCGAGGAAAUGGCCUUAGUGACGAUUUAUUAGUGUUAUAAUAUUACUUUGGGUUUUCACCUUAAUAACUGCUUUAUAGUUUAUCGUCUGGAUUGGGCACUUAAACGUUUGAUUCAGUGUUUCUUCUUCGAUAUAAAUGACUAAACGUGCCCCAGAUUGAGUCGUACUGCAGUGCUGCGUUGAGGUUUUGUGGUAGGUGGUGGAUUUUACUUUAAAUAUCUGUGAAACACGGUUAUCUAGGCCACGGGCAUGUAGGCCUCCAAGUUGUUUAUCUUCUGCCUCAACCUAGGCUGAAUCCAGGCUGUUUGUGAUGAAGCAGCUCGUUUGAUUGACGGCUGCGACGGCUAUUCCAGGACACGUAGAGGCGGGACAUAUUCUCACCUCGGCCAAUGGAGGAUUGGGAUUACGUGGGUGUUGGCACAGAAUGGUUAGUUUGAGGCUUUGUUUUGCUUUGCUGAGGAUCUGUGAUGAGUGCAGUGACUGGUGAGAUACUGGUGACAUUUAUGGGUUUACUGGUGUUUUGUAAUAGGCCAUUUGUAAUGUACACCACUCCGGUAUACUCCGAUGAUUGUUUUGAUGCGCACGCUUUUGCAAAACAAAUGCAUCCACCACGAAGUGGUGCAAAGAUGUGCAUGGAAGACAUUUAGUAAGAAGCAGAUAGUAUUUGCGUCUUUGUGCAGGGUUGAUGUUACAAAGCUCACCCUGCAUUCAUCACCUUUUAUCUGUGCUUGAUUUUAGUUAUGAGUGCUCCUUUUAACAGGAUAAAAACAUCUGUGUUGUACCAUACAGUUAUCAGGCCAUCAUAUGCCUCAAAUGCAGGGUAGUUUAAAAAAAUGCCUUCAAGCAUGAAAUACUGAUUUUAUUUGCUUUUAUCAUAAAUAAUUUGAAACCAUAUGUUAUUGAAAGCAGUGCUUUUCAUGAACAGGAGAAAAGGAUCCUGGAUAGCAAAGUAAUUUUACCAUUGAAGGAAUGCUGGGAUCAGAGCGAGCCAAACCUAAUUACCCAAAAGCCUGUCCUGCAGUGCUGAUAGUGAACUUGAGAUUGAUUUGAAAAUAUUUUAGACUCGACUGGUUUAUUGGGGAUCACCAGAUUUAACUGUUUUGUUUGUUUGUUUUUUAAAUUGUUUGUUUUUUUGAAUUUUAACUUUGUUUGUUGCAAUCUUGUGACUGCUUUAAGACCUUUAAACAGCUCUUCUUUCUGUAUAGUUUCCAAAUGAUUCACGUUUAUCUACGCCUUUCAAAGCAGGCCUGUCGUGGCAGGAGAAGAGGAGGUAGCUGAGUCGCAUGAAUUUUUGCCACAGUGGUAUGCAUUACGUUUGUCUGUGACAAUCCAAUUAAUUCAGUUAAGUUUCACGUCUCGUUUUUUUCUUCCGAUCACGUGCCCGCCAAGCACAAUGACUCUCUGUCCUUCUCAAAGGCAGCCAGCCGCCCUGCAGUUUUGGAACUGCUGUGUUACCUGUAAUCUUCUUGCAGGUAUGACGUUGUGGACUAAAAUCAAGCAUCUGAAGUGAAGUAGGCGUCAGCCAUCAGUGCUUAUAUAUAGUGAAAUGAUUGAUGUUUGUCAGAUGCUGAAUGCAAAGAUUACUGAGCUGCAGGGUUAGUGAAAACACUGUCAUAAGAUUCAAGAUUCAAAGUGUUUAUUGUCAUGUGUCACAAGAGAAAAGGCAUUUCUUUGUGCAAUGAAAUUCUUUCUUUGCUGUCCACCCACAGAUGCCAAUUAAUAUAUACAAUAGAAAUAGAACAUAUAAAUACAAAUAGUACAAAUAAAUAGCUGAAGACAGAAAAGGAGACAAAAUAUGGAGAUUUGAAACAGACGUGUGCAAAAGAGCUAUAGCUUAAUAUGCUGGCUUAAUAUAUAAACAUAUUCAAUUAAAAAAAAGUCUCUGAAUCUUCCCAUGUGAAGUUGCUGCGUUAGCUCUUUCCCGCAUAAAGACGACAUUUUUUUGCAGCUUUGAAAACCUUUAGGAUUUGUAUCUGGUUUUUCUGUGCUGCAUAGGCAGAGACCAUCCUCACUAACUUCUUGUGCAAACCCUGUCAUUUUGUUCUAUAAGCAGGCUUGAAAUAUGAUAGAAACCUCUCAGUUCAGAAAAGCGAAACAAGAGUUAAGAUCUGUUCACUGUGGAGGAUGCUGUGGUAAAAGCUGCUCAGUGAACUGAAAUCAGUCUCAAGAUUUAAAAAUCAAAUCCUUGCUCAUGCUGAAGUUUAAAAGAACAGUUUUUCAUGGAGUUUGUAAAAAAACUGAACAUUGUUUUUCUUAAAAAUGCAUGAAACUGAUUUCCAGAUAUAUAAGAGCAGAGAGAAAGAAAUAGAUAAACGUCUGUUGGUACAUCCUUAAUAAACACAGCUGCUUUUCUAAUGUUGGUAUAUGUUUUAACAUGGAAAAUCUCAAGGUGUAAGAUAGUUACCUAAAUGUGAAAAGCAACUUAAAGUUAUUAAUAUUUUUCUCUGUCAGAAGACAAACACUGUGAUCAUUUAUCACUAGAUGAUUCCUCUGAAUGGCUGACACAUAAUCAAUAAUUGCCAGCUCUGUGCCUGUACCACUUAGUCGUAAACUUAUGUAUAAAUAAAUAAUCUCCAGCCUUUAAGCACAGUUGCCUGUCAGUGAGCGCUCAUACCUAGUUUUCUUAUACGACUUAUGGAUUGGUGACCUUUUCUGAUAUUUGCAGACUUCCUCACAUGUCCGUGCUCAGAAACAGACUGCUGUCUCAUGCUUGUUAUCACUGUAGGGAUCAUGGGCUGACUGCUAUCAGUAGGUAACUCAUUCCAAAUAAGACACUGCUGACUGGCCUACUUGGACCACGUCCAGUGUUGUGGAGAACGAGAGCUGUUUGCAUGAUAGCGCAGCUCAUGAUUUGAACUCAACACUCAACUCCCCCCUUUUUUUCUUUUUUUAACCCUCAGUGCACUGAACUAAUAGGGAAGAGAGGAAACAAACACCACUGGGUUUUAAAAAAAUGAUUUUUUAAAUGCUUUUUUCCACAUAUAAAUGUCUGGAGCUUCAAAGUUAAUGGUCGCUUUUGAACGCUACUUUCCCACAAAUCUAUAGAUUUAGUCUCAGCACAGUGACACAUGUUGCACUCUCACACUUAUAGUCACGCUUUCUGUUUUGCUUUUAAUUUUAGUAAAUGGUUUUUGGUAUUGAAAAUGCAGCAGUUUCGCUAUCGGCUCAUUAUUUGCUAUCGUUUUAAUCAUUCAGUGCAGUGAUGAGAAACGAGGAGCAGGUGUUGUUGUUACUUUUUAAAAUUUCCUUUAUUUAACCACAACUGUAAUUAUUGAAAAUCGCCAAGGCCAAGAUGGGUAGCAGGUCAAUUGGCAGUGGCUACAUACUCUAAUAAUGCACACAUGAAUACACAGCAAAGCACACAAAAUAAAUAUACACACAUAGGUGCGACACAUACAUUAUAAACAUUAAAAAUAAUGCAGCUUAAAACUUGAGAACAUGUUUUAAAUGUGGGGGAAACCUUUGAGAGAGGUUUAAAAAAAUGAUAUCAGGGAUCUUAAAUAUUACCCAUAAAUAACAGCUGGCAUUAAGCAGAUACACCAGCGUUAUGAUCAGUUUAUGACUGCAAGGCUUACCUUGUUAUGUUUGCUUCAGUCAUGUGGCCUAGGUGGGUCUGUAUGCUGCUUAAAUGGGAUGAGACAUCUCAACAUGUGUUAUUGUUAAAAGGAUAUGCUGGCUUGGGCUACUCAGUGCACCACAGGUGUAUAAACGGUGCAGGCCAGUGUCUCCAUCUGAUGGGAUACAUUUUUAAAAUACUCAAAUGCAAGGCCCUCUUUCUGAACUAUGGCCAAAGUCUUCUUCUGAAACCUGAAAACAGAGCUGUGCCCAGAUCAGGUGCAGAGUCAGAUCGUCUGAAUUACAACCUGCUAAAAGGUUGUUUUGGUAUUUUGUUGACUUCACAAGCUUUAAUAAAUACUAACAGAUCAGCUGAAAAAUGUUGCAUUCAGUGGUAUUUUUCUGCUGGUUGACAUUUAUAUCAAUCACCCAGUGUUUGUUCAUUGUACACAGAAACAAAGACAACUAUUUUAAGCAUUUUGUAGACAAGAAACCAUAGAUUUGCAGUGAAAUAGCGCUAUGACCAAAUAAGCCAAAAUUAGUUGCCAAGAGUUGUUAUAGAGAACAACAAUUCAUAUUGUAAAAAUGGUGUAAAGCGUGUGAGCAGAAUGAUGCAGCCAGAGUGCAUCCUAGCAGCAUAAUCAGAAGUCAUUUACAUUACUGAUGGUGAGUGCUGUGUUUUAUUACUUGGUCUGGAUGGGUAAAAGCUGACCCUGAGUUCAGACUCAACCGAGAUGUAAACAUUAUGCUGCAAAAGAAUCUGACCUGUUGAGCGACUUUUUCUAUCUUCAUAGCAAGCCUUAUAAAAGAAAGAAAGAAAAUCUUUAAUGUUCCCAAAAGCAGCCUUGGAGGAAAAACAGAAAUGAUUGAGCUCGUACAAGAAUGCUGAUAUAAGCGGAGGUUGCUGUGGCCUUAAAUAAAGCUCAGUCCUAAAGUACAACACCUAAUGGAGGCGCUUUUAUCUCUGAAGUCCAACCAAACAGAGAGAGGAAUUCUUCUUCUGGGUUCUUGCAGCCUGCCACGGUCGGUCAUAAAUAUCUGGCUCUGCAUCACAGCCUGUGUCACCCACUGGGUAGUGAGUUGGAUUAAACUGUGCUGCUGGAAAAGAUUCAGUGCUACUUCGACUGGAUAACGGUGGCUCAUUUUCCACAUGUUUUUGAGGACCUCUGGUUGUGGACACGGGCUUUCUGUUUCCCCUCUGUGAUAGCAGCGAGUUUGGAUUGAUGCUGUUGUUAUUGUUCAGGCCAUAUAUGUCAUCACUCUGCUUUUUUUUUCUAAACAUGAAACCAGGAAGGAAGUGCACAUCAUGAUAUGGUAAUAAGAGAAUUUGUAUUUCAGAGGAGGAGGAGCUUCCAAAUGGGUGACCAAGGUGGUUAGUGUGUAUGUGUGUGUGCAGAGACUUGUUUACUCACAUGUGCAUUGAUGUUGGUGAAGGUGUUGCUUUUACAAAUGCAUUUGUCCCAGAGGCGUGCACGGCUGUGUAUUUUUUUUUUUUUUUGCCCACUUCCUGUCUCUAUGCAAAAGUGUGUAUACAUAGCUCAGGGGUGAGAAGUUCAUUUGCAAGAGGAAGUGAUGUUGUUAUUUUGCUCAGAGAGGAGUGUGAUUCGUGUGUGAUAUUGUGUUGACAGAUUGCUGCUGGGGUCGUGUCUCCACGCAGACUCUCGUGUGUUUGCUAUGCAAAAGCAGCAAAAGGACCAAAGAUCAAUCUAAAUGUUGUCGUCGUUUGGUGAUGCAAGAAAGUGAGCGAAUGAAAAACAAGCAAAGAAUGAACCAAGCUUGAUGAUGGUGACGGAGACCUGAAGCUUACCAAGAACUGCACCAGACCACAACAGACCAGACCUGACCAGGUUGAGCCCAAUUAUUCACAGUCUCCCUCUCCCCCUCCCCUGCAUCCACCAGCACUCUGCGAUUGUUUCCCUCAGCAUUAAUUUAUUGUGCUGAUCGGACAACCUCACACCACUGGGACUGGACAGGAGACCCAGAGGUUCCCACCACUGGAGCUCUAAGCUGUGCCUGGCAAUGCCUCAGCCCAGCGUCAGUGGGAUGGAGCCUCCCUUUGGGGAUGCCUUUCAGAACUACUCGAUUGCUGACCAGGCUCUGACCAGCACUGAGCUGCUCGCCACCAGCUCUGACCCAGAUUUCAUGUACGAACUGGACAGAGACAUGAGCCACCAGCAGAGCCCCUGUGGGGACAGCAUUGUGGGGGUCGGGGAUGGAGGCAAGGAGGUUGAGGGUUGCGUGGACCAGCUAAUGGGUCUGGGUGAAUGUGAGACAGUCUGCAGCAGCUCGGCGUUCGAACAGUGGGACUCCUACUGGGAAGACCUCACCAGAUACACACGGCUGGCCAGCUGUGAUAUCUGGGGCACCAAAGAGGUGGACUUCCUGGGAUUGGAUGACUUCUCCAGUCCUUACCAGGACGAGGAGGUGAUUGGUCGAACUCCGACGCUGGCUCAACUCAACAGUGAGGACUCACAGCCUGUGGGUGAGACGCUCUACCCUCCCGCUGACCUGAGCUUGCCCCAGACUCAGUCGUCCCAGCUUCCCUGUCACAGUAAGACUCUCCUGGUCCCCGGCCAAGGAUCAGGCCCUGGCUCUGUUCAACCUUCACCAAGCUCCACAUCCUCUUCCCGUCCUUCGCGCAGCCUUCUCCCAGACUUUCCUGAAGGCUCCCAAAGAGCAACCAGACCUGUUCCUUCCAGCACUGAGACUAUGGCUAAGACUCAGAGCCACCUCAGUCUCACCCAGGACCAUGGUCAUGCUCAAAUAAAGCCCAUGGUGCGUGGAACCAAAAUGGGAGCCCCAACUUCCUACAGCUCUGACUUUGUACGCAAGGCUAAAGUCCGUGUCAGUGCUGUACAUAAGACCCAAGCGGACAUGCCUCCCCAGACGGAUUUUGAGAGGUCAGAUCCCAUUCUACCUCUCUCCCAGCCUCGAGAUGAGAAAGCCUCUACUUCAGCAAGUGCCGCCUUAGUGGGACUACCUGGUGCUGCCGCCGCCAGCUGUUCGGGCGGCCUGGCGAGCUUUGAAAGGAGAGUAGAGGGGACAGCGAGGAGAGAGAUGCCUGUAGGCAGGUCUGCCACUGUGCCUCAGCUGGUUGAGGCGAGCCAGGCUCUGGAGACCAGCACCUCUGGGCUGGUGAUCAGCGAUGGUGUUUGCAGCGGGGCUGGCAGUCUUUUGGUUGUUGAGGGUACGGAGAAGACCAAGGAAGAGGAGCACAACUACUCUCUCUUCAUGACCCGCAGCAGACUGGGCAGCAGAGGCCACCCCCAGACAGAGGAGGAGGAUGAGGAGGAUGAGGAGGAUGAGGAAGAGGCAGAGGAAGAGGAAGGAGAUGGGUUGGAGCUAGAAGACGAAGACCACGAUGAGGGUUUUGGCAGUGAGCAUGAGCUGUCUGAGAAUGAAGAGGAGGAAGAAGAGGAGGAGGACGAAGACUACGAAGCAGACAAGGACGAUGACAUGAGUGACGCCUUCUCUGAGCCAGGCUGUGACAUGGAGCUGAUGGAGGACAUUAAAGGGCUCACAGCAGGAGUCUCCAGCCGAAAGAGAGGAAAGCGCCGCUACUUCUGGGAGUACAGCGAGCAGCUCACCCCCUCCAAACAGGAACGCAUGCUCAAGCCGUCCGAGUGGGACAGACACACGCUGCCUAGCAACCUGUACCAGAAGAACGGGCCUCUCCACGGAAAAUACAUGCUGAAGAAGUCUCGCCGCACAGAUGUGGAAGACCUGACUCCCAAUCCACGCAAGCUGCUGCAGAUCGGCACAGAGCUUCGUAAACUGAACAAGGUGAUCAGCGACUUGACUCCUGUGAGCGAGCUACCACUGACUGCACGGCCACGCUCUCGCAAGGAGAAAAACAAGCUGGCCUCCAGAGCUUGCCGUUUAAAAAAGAAAGCCCAAUACGAAGCAAAUAAAGUGAAGCUCUGGGGACUCAGCACAGAGUACGACCGGCUGUUGUUUGUGAUCAACGCUAUCAAAGAGGAGAUAGUGGAGCGAGUGGAGGACUCUUCUCCGCGUCCAACCAACAUGUCUGACACUCUGGAGAGACUCAUAAAGGAGACACUUGUGCCAUCACCUGUUGCUGGGCAGACUUCAGACUUCGUCAACAAGAUCUUGGAGAACACAGGACGCGGCGAUCCCACCGGCGGACUGGUCGGCCUGCGAGUCCCCACCUCCAAAAUCUAGACAGGCCGCCUUCCACUGAGAGCAGUGGACUCAGUAUUACGAUCGUGCUGUCCUGUUGUAACUAUGCUCCCCUCUGCAUGCCCCUACAACCCAGACUUUCAUGCACAUUGUUAGUCACACAAACACACAUACCACUUCCUGUGUGUAGGUAUGUGUGCUUGUUUUUGCCAUGUCAUCUGUAUGGCAUACACCCUAGCUUUCUGGCUCUGCGCACUGCGUGCAGAAUCAGCGCAUCACAGUUCUCCCAACUCAUUGUGAACGUCCGUUGGGGAGGAAAAGCGCCUCUAAAAGCAAGUGAUGGUUAGGUGUAUAGCUAAUAGCACGUCCUAAAUCCACUGGUGAUGAUUAGAUGUGUUUAACAUAGCAUUGUGUAGGGUUGUUUCUGUUGGAGGCUGAGACAAACAGCCGCAUGAGCGUAACCACUGGAAUACUUUCACACGUUUGUUUGAGGUUGUAGUGACAAAGGACGAAUUUACAUGAAAAAAGUUCCAGUUAUCAUUUCUCAGAAGACUUUCACCUCACAGGGCAACAAAAGUGGACUUGAGGUUGUCAAAUGAACCCAAUCGAGUAAAGCACCUUGAUGAAAAUGGCCUUGUAAGCUGCAGUGGAAAAAGCGGCUUGUUCCGAGGCGUUACGGGGUGGCAAGAAAUAUUUUGUAUUGAAGGCCUAAAUAUGUUCAUGCCAUCCCUGCGAAACAAUAAAGCUGAGAGUUAUCAUUAGAGCUUUUAUUAAGCGAGAGGCGUCCUGCUGGUUUGAAGCUUGUGUCAGGCAGGAGGAAGCUUAACGGCUCAUAGUUGACCAUGUGAAGAGGAAGCGCAUGUAGCAUGGUGCUUUUUGGCCUUUGUGCUGGUUAUAACUGGACUGCGUGGAACAGACCAGUGUGGGAUCAGACAGAAAGUGAGGAAGAUGAUGAUGGUGGUGCUGUUGGCGGCGAUAGAGAUGACAUAAACAGUGAUCCAUCUCCUCCAGGAAACUGUAAAUAACUGUGUCUCCCAGCGAACGGCACCGGCUUCCCUUUUUUGUACAGUAGAGACGACCAGGCAGUUUGGUGUGUUCAUACUAGUGUUUGAUCAGAGUUCUAUUCAUUGUGCCUUGUGUAUGUAUGUGUGUGUGUGUGUGUGUGUGUGUGCGCGCGUCUCCGUAAGAGUGAGUGAGUGUGAGCGGGGCUGAACGAGGAGAGGUGAUCGGCCAGAACUCCCAGCCUAGGAAAGGACUACUUAUAGCGAGUGCGAUGAGGGACACGCUGGUGGAGAUUGUUGUGUCUUUCAGCUGUUUCGAAGAUAUUCUGAAUGUACAUAAACAAAUGGAAGCUCUUGUCGCGUGAUGCCACAGAGUCUGUGUAUAUAGGAGGGCUCUGCAAUAGAUUACUUUUGGUUUUUGGUACUUUCGUCUUUGGGGAUUUUUUGGGGGGGGGGGGGGUUUAAUGAUGACAGAUAUUUUUCUUUUAGAGUUACAAAAAAAUAUUUGCACACUAUCUUUUGAUUAUGUUUUGUACCAAAGACACAUGCAACGAAAUGGCGACCAGCCAGUUAAAGUAAGGUUUUGCACAGCUUACCUGACGCCGUAUUGAAUGUAAGAUUUGUGGGAGGGUCAGGGACUUCAUAGAACUGUGAAAUUAGCUUGGGUCCAAUUCUGUACAGAAAAGGAACAUUCAUUUGCUUCUUCUUCUUAUUUUAUUUUAUUUUUUUAAUCUAAAAUUGAACCCCUCUGUUGGCUUCUCCAGUAGAUUUAUUGCUUAAGGAAGCCCUUCAUUCCUGAACUGAUUCCUCCCUCCACCUGCUCAUUGUGUUAAUGGCGCUAGCUAGGAUGAAUACCAAGAGUGCUACUAGAUAAGCUAUGUUACAAUUUUCUUUUCUUCUUCUUCUUUUUUUUUUGCUUGUUAAAAUUUCUCAAACAGUAACCAAAAUCUUGUGUUCCUGUAUCACUUGUUUGAUUUCUGUAUGUAGAUGAGGUCUAUAGACAAAUAUAUUAACUGAAUAUUGUACAUAGAAACAUUAAUGAUAUAUCUAUGAAUGGUGAAACGCCACUUUUCAUGACAAUUGAUUCAUUUUUAAGCAUGACACAUUUCUAAAGCCUAUCCUUGCUUUGAGAAAGUUAGAGUACAACAAAAAACCCAACACAAAAACCAAAAAAACAUGCUCUUGUUAUAUUUUUGUAUUUUAGCUGCCUGCUAGAUUUCCCGUUGGUUUGGGAGUGUUUGUUGGUCACAGGUGGAGGUGUUUGGCUGAUGGUUUGAUCUAUAAGCUCCACCAUUUCUGUUAUUCUUAGCUGGCUGAUUUGAAAUACAGAGAAUCAAGACAGGAUUUAUAUAAAACACAAUGCCGCGAAGUGCUGGUCUACUUUGAGGGGUCUGUGAGGGGGAACGUUGAAGUGCCGCUGUCGGCGGUUCUAGCGUGAGAGCAGAUAAGGAGCGAGAUACAGUGUUGUGUCAGAUGGUGUAAGAAAGCCAGAGCCAUCUGAGUGUGGCUGAUCUGGAUUCAGCGCUGUCGUUUAGAUUUUCAUGCAUACAGCAGCGUGCAAAAGUCUCGGCGCAGAUGAUCUAACUGAUCUAAACAAACAAAAAAAAGACAAGCAAUGUAAAGAACUCUAAUCAUGCAAAUUAAUAAUCUACAUAUAAUACUCGGAAUCAGUGUAACAACAAUUUAAAAAAAAAUCUGGUUGACACUCAUUUUUACUCCAAGCGGCAUCAUUACUGCCACCCACUAAGCUGAAGUAGAUUUAUGUGGUCGCCUUUUUUUGCUGAGGAAAUUCAGCCCUAAUAAGAAAGAAAAUACACUUAUCAGGCUACAGCUUCACCUUUUGGUGUCAUUUUGAUAUAAGAGGAAAAUAAAAAGAUAAUCAUUCCAUCUUUAACUUUAUGCCUUUUCAUAUUAGUCCGCUAUACAGAGUAAAACUUGCCCAGACUUUUGCAUGCUGUUGUAUUCUGUCUUGAAGCAUGAAGCUGGUUGAAUUGUGUAUUUUCCUGAGAUGGUCAUCGCUGCCUCUGGCCUUGCUUUGCUGAAUUGAAUCUCCAUUAGUCAUAUCCUUCCUGACUGGUCACAGACAUAAAGAAUAACUUUGGUUACCAGUUACGGUAAAGUCCUUUAAGGAGAUGCUACCUAUUCUGGGAAUGUUUCACAAUUCAAGCAGAAUUGAUUUAUUUGGAGGUCAUAUUAAAACGAGAAAAAUGUGAAUUUGACAAAGCUGAAUUCAGACUGGCGUGACGUGAGUCUGCUGAUGAUAAAGUUUGUGUUGUGUGACUGAAUAACAGCUAGUGCUACACACACACACACACACACACACAUAGAUUUUUUUACUGUUUUCCGUUCCGUCUAAAAAGGGAGAAAUGGUGCUUUUUCUGAAACUAGAAUGACGAGUAUCCAUGAUUCAUAUUUGAUUCUUAGACUAGUUGUAGCCUAAUGACUUGCUCUCCCCUUACCGUCCAUAGCUAUUUUCUUAGUAGUGAUUCAGUUUUGUAAAUAAACUAUAAGUUAAUAUGUAUCUUCUAAAUGUUAAAUAUAUGUAUAGAAUACUCUAUCUUAUAUGUUUAAAAAAACCGAAAGCACUUUGUCCAAAAAAGAAAAAAAAAAAAAAACAAAAAGAAAAGAAAAGAAAAGCAUUUUUUUCUCUUCCAUUUGCUGCUAAAUGGCCUGGCGUGAAUGCUGCAAGUGUACUUGACGACUACUUGCUUGGAUAGGUCUAUUGCCUGACUCUGCUAGGUCUGUAAACUAGCGAGGGGCAGGUGUACGACCUGACGAGGGUUAGAUCUACACAUUUCUGGAGCCAUGACAUGAUAUGAGCGCACAAGAGCGUACCAUUGCAUGGCUUUGGGAAGCCCAGUGUCUUGACAGGAUAGGUCUAUUUCCUGGUCAGGGACCGAGUGAAAGUAUGUUUGUGGUCUUAAAAGAAAACAAAAAUUAUAAAAAAAAAAAACCUUAAAAAAAAAAACAAGAGGGUUUUGAUUCCAGGGCCCCUACGUUGAUCUUGAUGCUGACCCCCUUGGCGUCACGAUUCAUUUGCCUUCAGUAGAGGUUUCCUAUGGAAAAACUGAUUCUGCUUUGGCUUCCUCUUCAGGGUGAUGUACAGUGUAGACACAUUUCUUCAGAGAGCUAUAUUGUUAUCAUUUGUAAACUGAUUUCUACUUGUGACUUAUUGAGGAGGAGGGUUUAGCCUGGGGCGGCCAGGAAGAGCUUGUUUGAAAGACGUUGUUCCCGGCCGCCUUGGGGGAAGUUACUAUAUCACUGUACUGUAUGGCAAGCCAAUUACAAAUGGAGACUCAAUCCGGACACUUAUUGCCUUCUUAAAUAACUUUUCACACACAAACAAAAAUAACAACAUGGCAGACAAGUCGGCUGCCCAGAGUGGGGGGGGCCUAACAUUGUUCUGCCGAUAUGGUAAACAACAACAACAACAAAUCAAUUCAGCCUGACUGGCUCAAAACAACCUUGACUAAAGUAGCAGACGUGAUGAAAUGUAUCUGAAAGAAAAUGACUCCAAAGGUUUGAACUGCUUUGGAAGCGAUGCUUUCGGGUAUAAUUUCAUCCAGGUCUGGCAAGGGGUCAACAGUGGUUGAAGGGCCGCUGGUUGACGGCCGGCUGACAAGAGAAGCGUGCGUGUGUUUUGCUGUCGAUCACAAGGCUGGUUACAAGAAAGAGUCCUCACAGGUUUUUACAUUUAACAGAAUAGGCGCAAGCUGUGCAACUUUACAUUCAAACCAGGAGACUCUGUGGCAUUUUAACAGUUAAGGAAAUGAGUGAAAAUCCACGCCAGUAAAACUAUUCCUUUUAUUCUUUUCUGUUUUUUUUAUUUUUAUUUCUGAUUACAUAAAUCCUAUACAGUCAAAUAUUAAGCUAAUAGAGUGUGUAACUUUGUGCUACUCUUGUCCAAUAAAAGCUACGUGGAUCCAUAAAGCUCUUCUUCAGCAAAUCAGGGUAAUAUCGUUCUUCUAUCUGACAUAUGUGAUGACAUAUAAAAAUCAAAAGAAAGUAUAUUUAUGUAUUCCAAUUAUUGUCGCCAUUCUUUACUCUGUACAAAAUAUUGUGCGUACUGUAUGUGUGUGAGAGAGUGUGUGUGUGCGUUAUGAAUCGUUAAUGUCAAUCACUAUGGUGCAAUGCUCUAUAAAAGUUAAAAGCAAAGGCCAACAGACUUGUUACAAAAAAACUCACAAAAUGUCACCGUUUUGUCCAAAUUUGGUCUUCUUGCAAACACAAUCUGCAGCAUCUUCCUCUCUGAAUGGUUUCCACUCUGAUUUCCAGUCGUGAUCCAGCUGGGGUUUGUCACAUGGUGCUGAUUACGCCUCGUUGUCCCGAGAAAUGCUACGAGGAUUUAUAAAAAAACAAACAAAAAAAGCACCCGUAUUCAGAUGUGCUUACAGAAAACACUCUCCGUGUGACCAUUUCAUUCAGUGUAACUAUGAUCAGAUCAGAUUUCCGCCCAGAUCACUUUCACUGACUCACUGUCGGACCAAUCAGAGGAAGAGUUGUACUGUUUCUUGUUUAAAACAACAACACCGUUUCUGUGCUAUCGACUUGUAUGAUCGUUGUUGUUAAGCGUACCAAUACUUCUUUUGUAAAAGCCAGUCUCACGGAUUUGAUACCACCGCUCAAAGCCACAGAGGUUCUGUUAAAGAUCACGUGGAUGUAGCUUCAUUCAGAAAGAGCAGUUUUGAAUGAGUGCAAUUAAGUGCAUAGAAGUGCUCUUGAGAUGGUUUUUUAUAGGGUAAUGCUUUGUUUUACAGUGUGUAAUAAUUUCCAAAAAAAUGUCCAGUUUCCUCCAGUACAGCUUUGUAAUUUGGUGCUAAUUCAGGAGAAAGUAUUGAAAUCAUAAACUUCCAGUUAUAUUAUUGGAGUCCAGCAUGUCAGCUCAAUGUGACAUUUAUCUAUAGCCAGAAUUAUAAACAGUGAUUAUUUACUUGGACUAAUCAGUUUGUCUACAUGUAAACCCCUUUUUUUUAGGUUUUGCUUCGUGCUCAUCGUCUCAGUUUAUUGGCUGCAGUAGAUGGCUGUCUGCUGCAGCCAACAACCGGUAGAGACCAAAACAGAGCUACAAGGACAGUCAUGUGACCAGUUUUUCUUUGUUUUUUUU